AUGUCUCGCAAAUCUAAAAAUAACAGACGUAGAACUCAAGGAAGAUUCACUGAUAAUCCUAAGCAGGAUAUGGGACAAUCCCCAAUCCCAUUGGGUAUGGGCGGGUGGGGCUUUGAUGUUAAAAUUUCAGUUGAAGAACUUGAUGAAACAUUUAACCGAAUUGCUUUAUCAAUUACCAAUGGAAAUGAUCUUUUUGGACAAGAUGAUAAUCUUGAAGAUGUUAGUCAUCUUGAUGAUAAUUGUGAUGAAGAGGUUAUAAAUUUGGAUGGUGUUAAUGAUAGCCAUUUAAUUAUUACUGAAAGCAUUGAUUUGAAUUCAAGUUUAUUGUCUAAUAAUAAUAUUUUAUCAAAUGAAAUUUAUGAAGAAAAUGUUAUUGAUCAUGAAGAUACAAAUUUUGACAUUGAUGAAUUGUUAGAUAAUCAUAAUUUUGAUUAA